ACGAGAACGUGCAUGGAGGACCCUGGUACGAUGUAGAGUAGCUGAAGUUGUCACAGACAUUACUUUACCGUAAACCAGUCGCAUUUAAACAAGUACAUAGUAAAUUAAAGUGUUUGCAGGCCUCCAUGAGUGCUGUGGCGGGUCAAACUCACUGACUGAUGGAAAAAGAGAAGAGGAAAACGGGGAAAUCUCUUCGCUCAAGAAGGAGCGCCAUGCACUGGCGGGGCAACAUUUAAUGCUCUUUUUUCGGAUGUCAUGUAGUUCAUCGUCGUUUGGUGGAUCAUGUAGUAAGUGUUUGUGCUCGCGUGUAGUAUGAUAUUGAGUCCGAUAUGUCUAAUGUGACGCCGAGUAAAAGCGUGGAAUGGCUGCAACUCGAGUUAGAGUCCGGAGGCACUUCUCUGCUCCUGCUGGACUGCCGUUCACAUGAGCUUUAUGAAUCGUCCCACAUAGAGUCCGCCAUAAACCUGGCCAUCCCGGGACUGAUGCUCCGGAGGUUCAAAAAGGGUAACAUACCCAUCAGAACUAUCAUCCCCAACCACCAGGAUAAAGAGAAGUUCGUAAAACGGUGCAAGACGGACACGGUGGUCCUGUACGAUGAAAGCACCGUGGACUGGCAAGAAUGUGGAGCACCAGCAUCGGUUUUGGGUCUACUUCUUCAAAAACUGUGGGAAGACGGCUGUCAAGCGUUUUACUUAGAAGGUGGAUUUGUAAAAUUCCACACAGAGUACCCAGAGCAUUGUGAAACCCUCCUCGACAGCUCCUGUCCCAGCUCCUCUCCUCCGCUGUCUGUCCUGGGAUUUGGAAAUCUCCGGAUCAGUUCAGAUUGUUCAGAUGGAGAGUCUGACAGAGAGCCAAACAGUGCCACAGAGUCAGAGGAGAGCCCUGUUCCCAGCAAUCAGCCUGCCUUUCCUGUCCAGAUCUUACCUUACCUUUACCUGGGCUGUGCCAAAGACUCCACUAACCUAGAUGUACUGGGCCAAUAUAACAUCAAGUACAUCCUGAACGUAACACCCAAUCUCCCCAACAUGUUCGAGCAUGACGGCCACUUCAGGUACAAACAAAUUCCAAUUUCGGACCAUUGGAGUCAAAACCUGUCCCAGUUCUUCCCAGAGGCCAUAUCAUUUAUAGAUGAGGCUCGGUCUCAGCAGUGUGGCAUCCUGGUCCAUUGCCUGGCCGGUAUCAGCCGCUCAGUCACUGUCACCGUGGCCUACCUGAUGCAGAGGCUCAACCUCUCUCUCAAUGACGCUUAUGACUUUGUCAAGAGGAAAAAGUCCAACAUUUCCCCAAACUUCAACUUCAUGGGACAACUCCUGGACUUUGAGAGGACGCUGGGGCUGCACAGCCCCUGUGACAACCGAUCCACCAGUAAGGAGCAGCUCUACUUCACCACACCGACCAAUCACAACGUCUUCCAGCUGGACACGCUUGAGUCUACAUGAGGGUCCAUUGGAAAGUCUUUUUUUUUUUUGUGGUCCCGUCCUUUGGUGUCUUGAGCAUGUCAAAUGCAUAACUAGCUGUCACGAGCAGCGAGGCAGUUGUGCACCAAAAGGAAAUGAAUUGAUCUUUUAAAGGAACAGAGCAUGAAUGCAAGGAGUCUUCGAUCAAGUCCCAAUGCCUUAACAUGGAGGAGGAAGUCUGUUGUCCACCAUACAUGGCAUUAAUCAAUAGUCAUGUGCAGCCAUAACAGCAGGACUUUUCAUAACUUUUCUAUUAAACUAGGAAUGUUGUUUGACUGUUAUCUGUUAUUCACCAGCUGUUAAGUGGAUAUUUUCUAUGUCUUUGUAUCAGUUAUGAAUAUUGCCUUGAUGGUCUCAAAGAAUACUUUGGCCAAUCAGAAUGUGUAACUAAGAAGUGUUGAUGGUACUCCAGCUGAGGUAAAUAAGCUACUACAGUAAUCCGGCCUCAAAUUAUUGUCCAGUUUUUAUCCUCUUAUGACUGGUUGCAGCUCUUUGAAUUAUAGCAGAAUUAAUUUGCCAUACAAAGCAUUAUUUUCUUGUUUUCAAACAUCAAGUGGCCAUUAGGCUAAAAGUUAAAACAAAUAUGCUACUGUACUUUCUGUUGCUUAUAACAGCAUUAUUUGCAUGUGAUUACCAAUGACCUUUGUUUUAUAACAUUUAGGUCAUGUUGCCUGUUGUUGUGGAGGCCUUUGCCAUACCCUAACACGAUAUCGAGAUGUUUGUUUGUAACCAGGUCGAGAUAUGUUGUAUAGGACUGGCCUUUGGAGCAAAUGUGUACAUGAUAAGUGUGUAAAAGGAAUGAAUGCGCACCUUAUUUUUUUUUUAUCCCACAGUCUUCAGUCUGCAGCUACUCCCUCUGUGGCACAGCAAUGUUAAGGGAAACCUGAUGUGUAAUUAGCUGUUCUCUGUUGCCAGUCUCGUCUCAGAUCGGUGUAUGAGAGGGAAUGAAAGAAAAUGAGUUUAAAACAAAUGUCUUCUUACCUCACAGAGAGACUUUUUCAGGGAUUUUUAUACAAGGCAUCUGUAUCUUGUCAACAUGGCCUCUUUAAAUGCAUCCAAGGGCUGUUUUUGUUUGUAAAAAUGUACAUAAAAUGUGGUUGUUCUGGGGACAUUUUCUCGAAAAUCAUGAAGGAUGCAAAUGUGACCCUUUUUGACCCUUAUGCAAAGUAUAUGUAAAGCUAAAUGUCCAAGACAUUCUGUACAAGUUUAUACAACAAAUAUAUUGUAUAUUUUUACUUGAA